UUAUCAAAAAAAUGUUUUACUUGAUCCGCUUUUAAAGCUUCCCUUAAGGCGCCCACGCCACCAUGCAUGCGCUUGAGUGCCGGGUAGGCGGGGACAUUUUUUUUUUUUAAAUUCCGGUUCAUAUCACCUUUGUCCUUUUCUGUUGCUCCUUUCCAUGUUUAAAAAGAUUCUCCAAUUAUUCCUGAUGACAUAGUCCUAUGUAUGCCUAGAUUUAAAAAUACGUAUUUUGCUCUCUCAUCCCUUCUCUGACAACCGUCAUUGUCAAAAUAGUGCCGAUAUUUUGCUUAUAGUAGUUUUGACCCUUUCUUCUACCAUAUAAGUUCUCCUAUGCAGUGUUCUACUUGAUCCGCCUUUAAAGCUUCCCUUAAGGCACCCACACCACAGUGCGUGCUUUUGAUUGCCGGGUAGGUGGGGACAUUUUUUUUUUUAAAUUUUUGGUUCAUGUUACCUUUGUCGUUUCUUCUGCUCCUUUACAUGUUUGAAAAUAUUGUCUCCAAUUAUUUCAAAAUGCUUAUUUCGCUCUUUCUUCCCUGAUUUGACAACCGACAUUGUCAAAAUAGUGCCAAUAUUUUGUUUAUAGUUGUUUUUCACCCUUUCUUCUACGGUAGAGCAUUUUGGCUAUUAACAUAAAGGGAGGCAUAUGGAAGCAGUGUUCUAUUUGAUCCGCCUUUAAAGCUUCCCUUAAGGCGCCCACGCAACAGUGCGUGCUCUUGAUUGCCGGACCCAUUGUCAAUUGAUGGGGAAAUCUGGCUGAUGGCUGAGAAAAGGACCCGGGAAAUUUUAUGUGCCAUUCAACCUACUGUGGAUUCUGAGAAGGCAAGGAAGGAGGUUAUUGAUUAUGUCCGGUGGCUAAUUCAACGUUAUUAUGCAACUGAGGUCUUCCCAUUUGGCUCAGUGCCACUAAAAACCUACCUUCCUGACGGAGACAUUGAUUUGACUGUCAUCAGUGAUCAAAAUGUGGAGGAAGAUUUGGCUAGAGGUGUCUGCAGCAUCCUUGAAGGUGGAGAUAAAGACUCCAAGUUUCAAGUAAAAGAUGUCCAAUACAUUUGUGCACAGGUUAAAGUUGUGAAAUGUAAUGUGAAGAAUAUAGCUGUGGACAUUUCUUUCAAUCAAUUGGCUGGGCUCUCUAGUUUGUGCUUUCUUGAGCAGGUUGACCAAAUUAUUGGAAGAGACCAUCUUUUCAAACGCAGCAUUAUCUUGAUAAAAGCCUGGUGCUAUUAUGAGGCUAGAAUUCUUGGUGCUCACCAUGGCUUGUUUUCAGCAUAUGCAUUAGAAACUUUGGUAUUGUGUAUUAUCAAUCGCUAUCAUUCAUCAAUACGUGGUCCAUUGGAGGUUCUGUAUAGAUUUUUGGUGUACUUUAGCACAUUUGAUUGGGACAGUUACUGUGUCAGUGUAAGUGGUCCGCUCACCAUAUCCCUUCCAGGAAUUGGGGCAGGAACAACAGAAGAUAAUAGGGAUGAACUAUUGCUCACUGAAGUGUUCCUGAGAAACUGCAGAGAAAUAUUUUCUGUUCCAAUAAGGGCACAUGAGACUAGAAUCCAUGAAUUUCCCAUCAAGCACCUCAACAUAGUGGAUCCUCUAAAAGACAACAACAAUUUAGGACGUAGUGUCAGUAAAGGCAAUUUCUAUCGGAUAAGAUGUGCGCUUUCAUAUGGAGCUCAAAAGCUUCGAGAGGUCCUUAUGCUUCCGGGAGAAAGCAUGGGAGAGGGACUAGAGAACUUUUUCACUACCAUUUUAGAUAGGAAUGGAAGGGGACUAAGGUCAGAUAUACAAGUUCCUAUCCCUACAUUUGGUACUGGAAGAUCUCAAAUAUCUGACCUAAGCGGAGACUAUGAUAGCUACUAUGGUGAUCUACAAUAUAGUCAGCAGUAUCAUGAUUAUACAUUAUCCAUUCCUGGACAGUCCGGUUCUCCAUCAUUACUUUCCCAGAUCUGGAACAAGACUAGAUGGGAAUCCAUGGCUCAGUCAUGGCAACACAACUGGAAUUUAUUUUCUCAGAGAGGUACGGAGGUAUAUUAUCCAAGGCUUCCAUUCCACCGUCAUGAUGCUUCCCAACUAGCUGCUGCAAUAUUUCCUUUUGAAGACAUGAAGAAUUCACGAGGAACAGGCACAUACAUCCCUAACGUGACCCAUAAUUCUUACAGGGACAUACCAAGGGUGAGGGGAAGGUAUUCAAAACAUAGAACUCAAGAUUUUAUGAGAUCACCUAAAAGGAUUGAACGGAUUGAGGUUCCCUCAGUAGCAGACAAAGGUGCAAAUGGCUGCUGCUUCAAUCUUUCAAAUGAAGAAUUCCCACUGCUUGCUAGCAGUCGGAGGCCCCCACCAUCAGAGAUGGACCAGACUGGUCAGCUCACUGACCUCAAUCUUUCACAUGAAGAAUUCCCACUGCAAGCAGGCAUUCAGAAGUCCCCGCCUUCAGAGGUGGACCCAUCUGGUCAGCUCUUUGACCACAAUCUUUCACAUGAAGAAUUCCCACUGCUUGCAGGCAUUCAAAAGCCUCCACCAUCAGAAAUGGGCCAGACUGGUCAGCUCAUUGACCAGAUUGAGGUUCCCUCAGUGACAGACAAGGUUGAAAAUGGCUGUCGCCUCAAUCUUUCACUUGAAGAAUUCCCAUUGCUUACAGGCAUUCGGAAGUCCCCACCAUCAAAGAUGAACCAGUCUGGUCAGCUAACUGUGAAGUCCCCGGAAGCCAAGGACUGCUCUCCCUCCGGGAGUAUUCGGUUUGGGACUCACAGGUGUUCACCAUCACCAUUGAAAUUGCCUUUGCAGGUAAUGAGCAAGCAGGCAGAUUCUUCCAUGUCAGGCAUUUCAGACCUUAUGCCAGUUAAUCCAACAAUGGGAAUGCAGAGGCAACAGCAAUUUUGGGAAAGCAAUGAUAACUUGAUUCUCAUGCAUCGAUACCAUCUAAAAGAUGACGAGGAGUUCCCCCCUUUAACCACGUGACUGCUUUUCAGAUAAGAAUGAUGAAGGCCACACUAACAGAACAAUGUGAAGACCAAUGGACUAUUCUGAAGUUAAAAAAGUCUGCUUCUGUGGUGAUGUUCUUGCGUCUUGCCAUACUAUGAAUUCUUCUUUGCCUUCUUCCUUUAAUUUGGAUUCUAAUCUAGUAGUCUAGAAAGCUUUAUUAAGGAUGGAUUCUGGGUAGAAUUUUAUCCCUCCCAUCCCCUUCUAGAUGAUUAUGUAGCCAUAAUAUGUUUACAUGUACUUUAUAAAUGAGGAUCUAAUAUGCCUAGUAUCAGCUCUUGCUAAGAUAA